UGUUAAUUGCUCUGAAAAAAUUUCCUCGCUACAUUUGAUAGGUACUUGAUGCAGAUCAACGCAGCGUCUAGUCUCAGUAGAAGUCGUAGAAUUGCCAGCCUCCGUAAAAUACCAGAAGCAUUAACGUCAACUAUAUUUUUAUUGGCUGAUCACCGGCUUAUACCAUUGUCUCUUUUCAAUUCGCACGUUCAGAUUAAAUAAAUAUGUCAUUAAUAUAAUGAAGUUUGUUUCACUUGGGGCCUUGUUCAUCGGAAGAAAGUAAAGGGAUAAGGAAAGCGGCGUGGUGACGAGUCCUGCAUCCGGGUUAUCGAAAAAUCUGUCCGCCAUAUUUGAAAAAAAUUGAAAUACUCAUUACCUCACGAAACAGUAAAAACACCUUUUUCAGUAGUUUUUGAACAUGUCGGAGAUAUUUGGUGUUGGUUCUGAGGAUUUAGACUGGACGAGUGAUUUAGGGGUGAGUCUUCUUAGCUUUUUUUGUACUUACAAACCCUCCAGUGAAGAUACUUACGGCUUGAACAUUGACGGCAAAAAUUUUAGACGUGUGUAAACCGAUUUCCCCAGUUCUCAAUUUGGAAUGAUAAGGCCUUCUUCAAUUCUAAAGGAAUAUGAAGGUGAAAGAAAUGAACUUGGAGAGAGACAUGGCACGGGGAGAGCUGUCCUUCCGAAUGGCGACAUUUAUGAAGGGAAAUAUGCCCACGGGCAGAGACACGGAAAGGUAAAAAUGCACAUCAUUUCUACAGGUUGGUGGGAAAAUGAUGAUCGCAGUGGCAAGGGCACUUAUCAAUAUGCCAAUGGUGAUGUGUACGAAGGAGACUGGAAAGAUAACAAAAGACAUGGAAAAGGAAUCUACCAAUGCUCUGCGACGAAACUCAAAGUUUGUUAUCCACUAAUUAAAAAACAAAUUGACCAUGAUUAUGCUUUUGAGGUGAUCAGAUAUGAUGGAAACUGGAUAAAUGGAAAGCUUAAUGGACCAGGAAAUAUGGUUCUACCAAGUCAUGUUUACCUGGGAUCCUUUUACGAAAAUGUGCCCUAUGGCCCUGGACGAUAUGUCUUUGACUUUGGUGUUGAGCAACAUGGGGAGUACACCAUCAAAGAGAAGGUAUUUUUGGAUGUAAUUUAAUCAAUAUCAAACAGGAUGUAGACAAUUAGCCUGCAUAGCUGGCAGUUUGGGUGGGAGAAAUUUAUUCUUUACAGACUUUACAGUCAAGACAAGAAAGCAUUCCUACCUAUAACAAAGUAAAGAAUUUAUUAAUGGGAAUUUGAUUU